AUCCGUCUAGUAGACUUUCGAAAAUGGCUGCCCACGUGUUGGAAGCGGCGCUGACCAGCGACACCUCCGGCCAGUUGUGGAGCUCGUGUCUGUGGGACCUGCAGUCCGGCACGACUCUGGCCACGUACAAGGGGGACGGCAGCGCACCGAGAGGGCUGUGUCUGCUCGGGAACCAGUAUCUACUGAGCGCCGCUAACAACAAACCGCUCAUACAUGUGUGGGCACUACAGAGACGGGACCAUGUCCAGCAGCGUAUGGUGUGUGGUGGCAGGGUGUCAGCCAUGGCUGUAUCGCCUGAUGGGACCCUGGUCGUGGCCGGUAUCGCUGAGAAGAUCAACAUUUGGCAGGUGUGCACAGGUAACCUGUUGGCUGUCCUGACCAGACAUUACCAAGGCGUGACCUGUCUUAGUUUUACAGACGAUGGAAGUCACUUCCUGUCUGGUGGAGAGGAUAACCUUGUACUUGUCUGGCCUGUUCACAGUGUUCUAUCUGGAGGCAGUACUGCAGUGGGCCAUAGCCUGGAACCCAGACACACCCUGUCCCACCACUCCCUGCCUGUCACAGACCUGUACUGUGGCUGUGGAGGACUACAGGCCAGGGCAGUGUCUGCUUCUCUAGACCAGACCUGUAAGUUAUUUGAAGUCUCAUCAGGCCAGCUCCUCUUGUCAGUUUCAUUUGACGUCAGUAUAACCUCCGUAACCAUGGAUACAGCAGAGACACGCCUCUUUGCAGGGGGCACCAAUGGGAACAUCCACCAAGUCAACCUGCAUGCUCAGCCUGUUCAAAGAGAGAGACACUUUGAAGACUCUAAAGAUGGCCAUGCACAGGUCUUUAAAGGUCAUAGUAAACAGGUGACGUGCCUGUCUGUCAGCAUGGACGGCAGUCAGCUGUUGUCUGGGUCACAUGACCACACGGCCAGACUGUGGGACAUUCCCAGCAUGCAGUGCAUCCGGACGUUCUCACACAAAGGUGCUGUCACCAAUGCCAUGCUCAUCCUGCCCCCCUCCCACAUGUUGGAAGGCAGAGGCAAGCCCAGCGCCCCCCUCCCACAGUUCAAACGUCACCUCUACACACAGGGAGAGGACAUAGAGGAAGGAACUAGGAACACUGUAGAUGUCAGAAUAGGGCAGUACCGAAAGGGCCAUGUUUCUGAUCGGGUGCAGCAGGACUACACUGAACAGAAAAGAAUACAUGAUUAUACUGAACAGAAGGAUAUUCAGGAGAAGGGUGAUCAUGGGAGUAAACAGGAUCUGGAGUUUGAAGUGAAGAGGUUGAAGCACAUCAACCAGGAGUUGUAUCAAUAUGCCGCUCAGAACAUAUUCAACACCAAUGGAAAAAGCUGAUAUGACAAUUAUCAUAAUGGAAAACAUCUUAGCAUGAAAAUUCAUCUGUGCUUUGCUUUGUAAAUGACAUUGUGAAAAACAAAAUUUUACUUGACUACAAAGUUGGGUCUUACUCAAAGUUUUGGUUGACCGCAACAACGUAGUUCCCAGAAUCCAACCAGUGACGUAGAAGAGGAGAUACAUGUAUUCACUGUGUGCAUAUAUCUUCCCAUGUUUACCUAAUCAGAGGGUUCUUUAUGUUUGUUUUAGAGGGUACAUAUCCGAAAGGUUUCCUUAUUGCCAAUUAGAGACUCUAAUACGAUUCAAAUGUGUUUCUCAUGAGUUUCAUGGUAAUCAAUCACUUCUAGGAAGAGAGCAUAGUAGACAGCAGGCUGGCAGGUCCUUGUUUUACUGUGGGUGGAGCAAUUGGUUAUGGGCAUUGUGUUUUUGCCAUGGGGUUCCACAUGUGUAUCCUUCAGUCAUACAUUGGAAUCACAAUUGAAAAGUGUCCCAGUAUGUGUCUAUACUGUAUGACUGAGCUUUGCGAGGGAGCCAGGAAACCUGUAUUGCUCCGUUCAUAUGCUCGCAUGUUAUUCCGGAAGCGUGUCAAGUGCUAAGCAGAGAAAUCAUCAUGUGAGGUGUAUUUUUUUUUUUGUAUGCCCCAACCAAACCUAAUUAUCAAAGCCAGAGACCUCCCAGAUAUGAAGUGAGCACACUUAGCAUUUAGAUACUGUGCCAAUGCUAUUAUAUUGAGAUUUGAGACAGAAUAUUGUCAUAAAAAAAUAUCUCACCCAAUAAACCACGAUUGGACACUGGUA